CCAUGUAUACUUUUGGGAAAUGGAUUUUCAUAACGACCAUCACAAAGGAAGGUGACACCUGUUUCCCCCUGGAUUUCACUAACCAACAGCACAACUGAAUGAACCUUCCGGCCGAGGAAGGGGCCUGGCUUCUGGAAGUGGGAAGGAGUCCGGAAAGAUGAGCCGUCGCUACCAUAGAAACACUGAAACGUGCACUUUCCCCACAAGGUUUCUCUUGCAGGGACCGUCCCAGGGGGCCGGAGGUGUUACCGUGACGAGGACUCAUUGUGAUUCAGGCAUGUUUUGGUUCGCAGUCGAGUUUCACCUGAGCGAGUUUCGAUCAGGUGCCGUGGUGUCGGAUUUCCAAACAUUUGGUGUAGUGCACAUUUUUAUGAAGACGAUCAGUGAUCAGCACAACCUCAGAUUGCUCCAAAAAAAAUCUUCCCGCUGGUAAGAGGUUUCAAUUUGGGGCGAAGAGUGGGUCACUUUCAGCAGUGCGUGGACAGAUGCCGCAGGCUGUAAUCGGAGGACCACACUCAGUCUUAGUUAUUUCAACAGAAGAUGGCCCACUCAGCAAACUACCUCAAAAACAAGGCUGAAACAAAUUUAAGUGAACAAGAUAGUCCUAAGAAGGAGCACCACCGUAACCAUCGACAUCAUAAUAAUCGUUCCCAUCCUCGCAAAACUCAGGAUGAUGGCAGCAGAAACACCAGAGGAAGAGAUCACUCUAAACGAAACAGGGAUCCGGAAAGAGAUGCGGGGAGGGAAAUACAUGAAGAGAAAAGAUCGCGAGUUAGAGAUGCCCACAAUCAUGGAUAUCGUAUGAGGGAGGAUGAACACAGAAUGGAAAGGGAAUAUCGUAAAAGGGAGAAUCGAGACCAUCUUUACAAACGUGAAAGGGAACAUCAUUCACAAACGUAUGAAAACACAUCACAUAGUAAGCGCCAGCCAAAUUACAGAAAUGAAAAAGAAAUUCCAGAUAAUGGACAAAUUUACAGACAUAAAAACUACAUUGAAACUGUGUCACCUGAAUAUGUAGUAACUGAAGAUAAAAGAUCUGAGAUGCAUUACUUCAAGCAAGAAGAUUCGGGAGAAAUUCUAAAUUGUUAUAGGUGUCGUUACCUCUGCACAAAUCGAGGUAUAGUUCAGAUGCUGGAGGCCAUGUUAAAUAUGCUGGUGUUGGUGUGUGUGGUGGCAUCAUACAUUAUUCUCUCAGGAUACAGCAGUAAUGGUGGACUGGCAACAAGCUUCUUCAGCAUCAACAGCGAUUAUUCUCCACUUGAAGGGGAACAACUAAAGGAAGUACAGAAACUUGAUCGAGAGUUUAUUGUAAUGAGAGCACCUGAACUCUACGCAGGCAUUGGAGUGUCCAUUGCCAUGUUUGCCAUCACCCUGGGUAUUAUGAUUAAGGAUGCUCAGUUUUUACAUAACAUGUCCCUGAAGUGGUUGAUGUUCGAAGUAAUAUUCAAUAUACUAGCAUCUCUGGGUUACACAGCAGCAGUUGGUGUUUACUUGUAUUUUGUCCUCCAGAUUAAUGCUACUGAUGUUUGCAAGAGGAGGGAGCUUCUUUAUGCAAGGUAUGGACUGAACUGGAUGAAUUGUGAUUUAUCUGGAUCUGAUGCUGCAGCAGCCUGCUUUGGCAUACUCCUCGCCAUAUUUUAUUGUGCUAGUGCAAUACUGGCUGUACAAUUUUACCGAAAGGUGAGGAAACAAAACAAAAAUACUUCACAUUCAUAAGGAAAUUUAUGUAUUAAUUCCAGAGUAAGCUUCAUCAAUAGCGUGGUUGGAAAAGGCACAGAAUAAUGUGCAGUAGCAUAUGGAACACAGAGAUUUGAUCCAAAGUCAAUGUGAAGUUAUCAGCUGGGAAAAGAAGAGGCACCUUAGCUAACCUGAUAGAAAGGGAAAACAUGAAACCGGCUUCACACUUAAUCAGUAAAUUUUACUGCAUACAAAGGAAAUUAGGUUAAAAUUCAAAUGCUGCAUUUGGUAAAGUAGCCUAACAAAAUUCAAUGGAGAAGUUUAAAUAUUAGAAAUAUCAAACUGGACACAGCUACUUCUCAAUUUGAAUCAUGACAUUGUAGAGGUGAAAAUCAGAGGAGCACUGAUCCUUGUGGGACAUCUCUAGUCACAGGCAUCCAAUCACAAAAACAAUCCUCUACCGCCACCCUCUCUCUUAACGUCAAGCCAAUUUUGGAUCCAGUUUGCCAACUUGUCCUGGAUCCCAUAGGCCCUAUCCUUUUGAACCAGUAUCCCACGUGGAACCUUAUCAAAGGCUUUACUGAAGUCCAUGCAAAUAACAUCUACUGCCCUGCCUUCACUGAUAAACUUUGUAACCUCUUCAUAGAAUUCAUCAGUUGAUCAAACAGGAUCUGCCCUUGACAAAGCCACGUUGGCUGUCUCUGAUUAGUCCCUGCCUUUCCAAGUGAUCAUUAAUAGUCUACCUCAGAAUUAUUUUUCCAGUAUUUUCCCUACCACUAAUAUUAGGCUCACAGGUCUAUAGUUACCAGACUUUUCCCUGCUGCCUUUCUUGAAAAAGGGAGACCACGUUUGCUCUCCUCCAGUCAUCUGGUACAUCACUUGUGACCAACAAAGAUUUAAAAAUCUCAGCCAGAGGCCCAGCAAACUCUUUCUUUGCCUCCCAUCCUGUCCUGGAGAUUUAUCCAUCUUUAAGCCCAACAAGGCAUUGAGUACCUCUCUUUAUUUAUUGAGACUUCCACGAGACUUUCAACUCCCCUUCAUUGAAUGCUCCAACUACAAAGUCUGUUUCCUUUGUGAAUACCACUGAGAAGUAUUUAUUUAUGAUCUCAUCUGUACCUUCUGGGACAGAUGGCUCACAUUGUCCCUAACGGAUCCUACCUUUGCCCCUUAAUAUAGAAUGCCCUUGAAUAUACCCAAUUUCUGUCUGCCAGUGAUUUCUCUUGACUCCUUGUAGCCUUCCUAAUUUACUUCUUAAACGCCUCCCCACGCUUUUUAUACUCAUGAAAGGCCUCCCCCCUUUUUAUUUCCCAUACCUGUUACAUGUUUCCUUUUAUCCAACCCUCAACAUCUCUUGGCUUCCAGUGGUCCCUAUACUUGUUACCCCUGGCUUUUAUCCGUACAGGAACAUAUAGGCUUUGACCUCAUUAUUUCUCCUAUGAAUGCUGUGCAGAUGUAGACUUACCUGCAAGUAGAUGUUCCCACCUACUUUUGCCUGGUCCUCCCUUAUGUCAAUGAAAUUGUCUUUCCCCAAUUUAAGACCUUUCACUGGUCCAUCCCUAUCUUUUUCCAAAACCACUUUAAAAUAUACAGUUAUGGUUACUAUCUCCAAAAUGAUGCCCCACUGACACUCCCUCCACUUGGCCAGCUACUGUACAUUCCCCAAAGGCCCAAUAAUGCUUCUUCCCUUGUUGGUCCAUCUACAUACUGCAUCAAAAAUCUCUCCUGGACACACUACAAAAACCACCCCCUCUGCACUUUUAACAUUAAGGCAAUCUCAGUUAAUAUUUGGGAAAUUGAAAAUUACAAGCCCAACACAAUAAUCCCAUUUUCCUUGCAACUCUCUGAUAUUUGCUGCAUAUCAGUACCUCUAUCUCCUUACGACUAUUGGAAGGUUUGCAAUACACCCCCAGCAAAGUGAUGAUACCCUUUUUGUUUCUAAUCUCUAUCCAUUAUAGCCUCAAUUUUGGAGCCUUCUAGGAUAUCCUCCCUCAACACUGAAAUAAUGCAAUCAUUAACUAACAGUGCAAUACCUCCUCCCCUUUUACUCCUCCUCCAGCUUGCCUGAAAAUUCUAUACCCUGAAGGGUAUCAAGUUGCUAGUCCUGUGCAUUCUUCAACCAUGUCUCAGUAAUGGCAACAAUAUCAUAGACCACCAGAUUAGUUAAAGCUUGGAGUUCACCCACUUUGCUAAUUAUUCUCCUCAUAUUAAACUCGAUGAAUGGAAGUCAAAGCUAAAUUGCAAAGGGAACUGUGCACUUACUUGCUUGUUCUGCCUCCUGGACUUAAUGUUUCUCCUCUAGGUGAUUGUACCUCUCCAUCUGAACAAUACUUUGAGUCCCCUUCCCCAGCCAUCUCAGUUUAAACUUUUCCUAACAACACCAGCAAACUUCCCAGCAAUGAUGUUGGUCCCACUCUGGUUAAUGUGCAACCCAUCCCACUUGUACAAUUCCCAACUUCCCCCAGAAACAGUCCCAGUGAUCCAAGCCCAUCCUCCUGCACCAGCCCUUUAACCACACAUUCAUCUGUUCCUCGACUCACUGUCUUGUGGCACUAGAAGCAAUCCAGAGAUUACAACCUUUGAAGUCCUGCUCUUUAAACAGCUACCUAGCUCUGUAAGCUCAAGUUGCAGGACAUCCUACCUGUGUCUUUGGUACCUACAUGUACCACAACCUCUGGCUGUUCAACCCUCCUCUGUCAGAAUGUCCCCUGGGAGGCCACGCCCAACAGAAUCCAAGAUGAUUUAACUGUUAAGGAAGGGAAUGGCCAUAGGGGAUUUGUGCACAACCUGCCUGCUCUGACUGCCUUCCUGGUGAUUACCCAUCUCCUGUCUUUCUGCACCUGUGGAUUUACCAACUCACUAAAUGUAUUGUCUACUACAUUCUCCCCAUCCCAAAAACUCCACAGCAAGUCCAUCUGCAGCUCCAACUGCUACACUUCCAGUAACUGCAGUCAUCAGGGACAUUAUAAAUGUCCCUGAAUCUCCCAUAUCCUGUAGGGGGGAGCAUACCCCAUUCCAUAAUCUUAUGACUAUUCUCUUUGACUAAGACAGUAAGACAGAGAGAAAAGAAAGAGUCCCGGGGCUGCAACGUGCCUAGACAGAAGAUUUGGUACUGUUCCUUGAGUUUAUAUUGGGCUCUGUUAGAACAGUAAAAGAGGUCAAAGGUAAAAAGAUCAGAGUGGGAAUGGGACAGAAUUAAAGUGGCAGGUGACUGAAAUCUCAGAGUCACUCUUGUGGACUGAACAGAAAUUUCAAUCUUGUGAAAUGUUUUCACUCUAUUCUUUGUUGCUAGCUCAAAGCCUUUAUAUUUAUCAACAAAUCAACUUCUACCUAUACUGCACUGCCCCCUUCAAUAAAACAUUCUUAAUAUUGCUAAAAUCAUUAAGAACUUUUGUUUCUCUCCGAAACCUGCAAAAAUAAUUUUAAGAGUCCUUUACCUCUAAUUCCUGCUUACUCUUCUCCUUUUGUUCUAUUAUCAGUGGCAAAGCCUUCAGCUAUCUCUACCGAACUGUCUGAACCCAUCCAUCUUGCCACCUUUCUGCACUUUGCAGACUUUUCAGAAUCCAGCUGUUUCUCAACUUUCAAUCCAGCUUUCUCAACUUCUAAUUUUCUCACUGCCAAUAUUAUUCUGAAUCCUGACAUUUGCUAUCGAGCAUAACAUUUGCCUUCAGACUAUAAAUUGUUACACUUCAAAGAGUACUUCAACUUUAAAAUGUUUUGAGACAUUCCAUGGCCAUGAAAAAUGCUAUAGAAAUACAAAUCCCUCUUUAGGAUUACAGGCAGUUGACUAAUAUUUCUCUAUAGCCCACCCCAAGUGGGCUAACAUUCACCAUAAAGUUAAAGACAAACACGAGGCCUCAGAGCUGGAGCACCAUGGACUUGAUAUUAUUCCAAUAUUAACCAUUCUUAACACAGAAUCGAACAAAAUAUGAAAUACUGCAAAAAUGGUAAUUAGCAAACAUUAUUAAGUGUUGCUAAGACUAUUUUCUUUAAUGGCAUCUUUCACAACCUCAGUACACCCCAAAAUGUUUUACAACCAAUAUGUUAGGUAUAUUCUCAGUUUAAUAUAGAAAACACAACAUGCAUAUUAUACAGUUUAAAAGGUAAUGUUAUCAAUAUUUAUCAGUUUGAAUUCUUAUAUUGCAUGGCUUUUGGCUAUACAGGUGACAGUGUUUGCUAGUACCAAUAAAUGAAGUAUGGUGACAAAACUGGCAUUAGUGUAAUGGGUAUGUGUGAAAUUGCAAAAUAAAAAAUGUCUAUAAUAAACUCAGUGUUACAUUGAACAUUUUAUUAGAAGUCACUGUGAUUAUUACCAAAACAGCAUGAUUUCUGUUAAAUGACUGUAAAUACUGAUAAUUCCCAAGAUGCUUAAAUGUCCAAAUAGGAAUAAAUAACUUGGAACUUUGAGAAAGUGGACCUUUAUUCCUCUUACCAUUAACAAAUGUUGCUAAAUUUAUAUGUGAAAGCUUUGUACUUUAAGAAUUCAUAAGGCAUGCUAAGAUCAAGCAUAUUGUUAACUCACUAAAAUUCAACCAAAGCAUCUAUCUUUUUUUAAAAGGCACUCCUUAGGAUUGAGAAGUACAAACAAAUAAAAAGCGAGAGUCCCAUUUUAACUGAAAAGUCUCUGAUACAAGUCUUUGGAAAGUGGAGCGUAUGUUUGGAACAUAAGAAACAGAAGGCCAU